UUGCACGAAAAUUAACACAUAAAUAUAUAGUUUAUUUUGUUUUAUCGGUUGUAGGAAAAGUUAAUAAACGCAUGUAUUUAUUUCGGCUUCAAUUAUCAGUAGUUUUGGUUUAGGCUAUGAAAUACUGAUACUAUGACUGAGACUGAGUGAUAGGUAUUGAAGUAGGAACUUACUAGCCAUCUGUUGCGACAGUUGUGAUCGAUGGUUUCACACAGACUGCCAAGGGAUAGCAACCCCUCCUUCAAGGGACCAGGCUUACAGACAAAGAAGAGACUAGGACCUGUUUUCCAAGGCAACACAGUGACUGAUGUUCAUGUCACUGUGCCAGCUGUGAAAAAGACAGCCAAUAACACAAACAGCACUAACCAGAUGAGGGAUGCUCGAGAGAAACUGGUGGUGAAGACGAAGCCACAAGAUGCAAGGGACCGACUUAAUCAAAAGGCCCAGGGAACAGAUGCUAGACAGAAGCUGAUGAACAUUCGUGCUCAGAAAGACCCAGUACCAGUAGAUGCCCGUGCAAAAAUAUUGGGCAAGAAGCAGCUGGUGACAGGCCCACAGCCCCAGGCUGCAAACUUCUCUCUCACGAGAACAGUGUCUAAUGCUGCAGCAGGCAGUGUGCAGGUGAACCCUGGGCCUCAAGGUCAGCUUAAGAUAACCAAAACAUUGACCAAAGUCAUGCCACCAGGCUAUGAGGAUGUGACAGGAGUGAGGCGACAGGCAGCUGUCACACACAGGCUGGGACCUCCCGCAGGCUCUGUCCCUGACAUACAUAACAUCGCUAACAUCACUAGGACCGUUUCCAACCCACAAGCCUCAGUACCUGUCCUCCAUGGCCAGCCCUCAACAUAUCUCCCUCCCCAGUCCACUUAUAAUCCUCCUUAUCCUCCGUAUGCUCCGCCUGCUCAUUACCCGGCCCCUGUCAGUCACAUGUCUGCUCCACCCCCACAGCAGAACUUCUAUCCCCAGUCCCCAGCCCACCCACCCCCGCAGCCGUACUCACACACACACAUCCCUGCUAGCUCUCACAGUCUGCCAUAUCCUCCACAAGAACAAUCCGGACCUGGCUAUCAGGUUCAUGUUCCACACCAGAGCCCAGUAAUACCUAAAAUCCAGGUGCACAAUGACCACUACCAGCCCCCAGCUGUUGCCCCAGUGUACCCUGUUCAGCCCCACUAUGCCCCGCCCCCUGGCCAUGCCCCGUAUGCUGCCCCAGCCCAGCCAGAGUAUGGGUAUGUCCAGCAGUCACAGCCUGUCUAUUAUCAGCCCCCUUUCAAACAGGAAAUUCAGUACCAGUCUGAAGAACAAAGUCUUGAUGAAGCCCAGUAUUCUAUGGCUAGAGACAAUUUUAGUGUUAAGACAAUUGUCAAUAAUCCACCACCACCACCACCUGCAAUUCGACCAACUAUUCAAAGCUCAACGCUGAAGCGAAAGUCGCAGGGUGAAGUCAUUCCAGUUAUAAGCGGGCAAGGUGCCCUACGGUCUUCCAAUACUAAUUAUGUUCCCAUCAUUGAGCCUUCUUCUGCAGACGCGGCUAAGAAAGGGAAGUUCACUAAAAUUGCUGCUCCAGGAGUGUUACUGUCCAAAUCAGCUCGGGAAAAGAGCAUUGAGGAAGAGGAGGAGAAUGUAAUCAGUCCAAUACAAGGCUUCAGAAUCUCCAUAACUAACCUGGCAGUCACAGUAACACAGGAUGACAUCAUUGAACUGUUUGGAGCUGUAGGAGGCGUGAAGAGUGUAAAGCUGGUGAAGAAGGGCCAGGCCGAGGUUGUGUACGUGAAGAAAGAGGACGCCAUUCAGGCCACACAGACAUACCAUGAACGUGAACUGGAUGGUCUGCCCAUGAUUGUGAAGAAUAUGACCCCAGUAUCUGCAAGGGUCAAAGAAGUGGCAGAGAAGCCCUUGACCACUGCCAAAGGUGCAGAAGGAAAACCACUAAUAUUCAACAAGAAGGCACCUGUAACUAAGGAUCCCUCCAAGAUUGUGGAUGUGGGGACCCUUCACAAGGCCCUGUUCAAAACUGGGACCACAGUUUCGUCCAAGCCUGUCACAUUUACAGUCAACAUUUAAUUGGUCAUGCUCUACGCAGUAUGUCAUUUAAGAAAUGAUACACACUUCAACUGUUUAUUAUAAUUUCUUUCAAAAAUCUAAAUGUAUUUGUUAAGGAUUAUUCUUAACUGUUAACUGUUCAAACAUUAUUAUCAUGAUUGUGUGCAAAAAGGACAUGAAGAUGAUCAAAUAUAGAUGUUUAUAUAUUGGCAUAUAUGAAUGUAGUAAUAAGUUUCAAAAAUUAGGUAAUGUAUCAAUUUUCUUGUUUACAUUUUGAUGCCAAUAUACUAGGUAAUAAGUAGUAGGCAUUGUUUGCUCAUUGAUACAUUUCAACCAGAUGGAAUAACUUGAAUUGAUAAAGCACUGAAAAGUCAA